AUGGCUUCCUCUGUUUUCUUUGCCUGUGGCUUCAAUGCCUUCGGCCAGAUCUCUUCUGAGACGGACCAAGACAUAGCUGAGCCCAAGGAACUCGUCACCUUCGAGCAUGCGGCCAACACCAGACUUCUUUUCGCUGGUUGGAGCGAGACAACAUUCUACCAGCAUGGCAAGGGUAAGGAGAACGGUCAAAUCAUGAGACUUGGCAGUACAAAGAUCGUUCAAGAAGCACCAUUGCCUGAUCUGACCGCCGGAUUCGGAGAUCACAAUGGUCUUCUUGGUGUGCUCAAUCGCAAAGGAGGUGUCGCGUUUACCGAAGAGAACCAAAUUGAAGCGCACACAGCGACAGCAGACGCGCUUUCUGAUGAGGAAGCGCCAGGUGUUGCAUACUUGGCUGUAGCGGGCAACGGCCACGUCGCUGUGGUCCUCUCAUCAGCCAGUUCACCUAGAAACAGCAUUCUGGAAUUCAAAUCCUUCGACAAGUUUCGGCAAUGGUUUGACGAUGAAGUCAACGAUCUUCACGGGCCCAGCUUCAGUCAUACCGUACCAGGACGUGUAGCUCAGUUGGUGGCCAAUGUUACCGGCUUCGUAUGUCUGACGCAGGAUGGCAGUGUCUAUACAUGGGGAGACGCAAGACAUAGCUCGCUAGGUCGCAGCGUCGCCGAGACAGAAGCUAAAAGUCCAGGUCUCGUUGAGUCUCUUGCUGGCAUCCAAAUCAAGAAGAUUGCGUCCGAUGGGUGGAUGACAGCAGCAUUGUCGGAAGAUGGUGCAGUAUAUCUCUUUGGCAGAGGGACACCUGGUACUGAGCACUCGUUGUCAUGUCUGGAUGGACUGGAUUCGACUGGAGCUGCUCUGAUUGAGAUUGAGCAGGAUGGGGAGCCUCUGGACUUCCUGGAUAUUGCUGUGGGUGAUGGCCAUGUCGUGCUGCUGACCCAGGACGGACGUAUUUAUGCCGCUGGCGACAACCGCAACGGUCAACUGGGCCUUGGAGAGAAGGCUUCGGGCUAUAUUAAAGACUGGCGAGAGGUCAUCAUCCCAGAUGGACACCGUUGCAGUGCGGUAUAUGCAGGACCAAAGUCAUCAUUCUUUCAGAUUGUUGGAACAUGA